UACUUCACUAACAACACAUUCAGCCCAGACACAGGCAUAAAUGGCCCUUCUCUCUGACUUCCUGACUUCUCCAACACAUCGCCACGAUGAGGUACUUUCCCCUCGUACAUGCUUGUCUCUUGACUUCUGCUGCUCAGAUCGUAGCAGCAGCAGCCAUUCCCGCUCCACCUGAUACUGUCGUGCCCUCUGGCACUGUCAACGAUGGCAAUGCCGCCAACGCCGACUGCAUUGCAGGUAAUACCUGCAACACCGAUCCGAUUCUUCCUGAUGGAGGUUCUUUGGAGACUGUUUCCACUGAUGCGCAGGGGAAUCCUGUCACCGUCCCUCCUACCAACAACCCAGUCACUCCACGCCCUACUGCAGAUGAGGCCAGCCUCAGUAUAACUAUGAUCAACGGCAACACUCCUGUCAUUGCAGACCCCGUUCCACCUACACCCCCGGCGGAUGUCGUGGGCGGGAAUGCGGAUACAUCUGAUUGUGACGCGCAAGCUCCAAAGCCGACCCCUUCCAAUCCUGUCGCUGGUGUCCCUGCUGCAGACCAAGUAUAUACGGUAACUGAUGUACGUGGCAAUAUAUUCACCGUCCCUGCCUGGAUCCCUCAGCCAACUGCAGACAAGACGUAUACAGUAACCGAUGUACGCGGAAAUGUGUUCACUGUGCCUGCUUGGCUCCCCCAGCCAACCGAGGACCACACCACGAAAUAUCCGCAAACUGGCGUCGUUAGCGCUGGUGGUCUUCCAGGCUUCGCUGACCCGAUUCCAUCUGAUGAGGAAUGUGAAGACUAUACCGAGAUUGCUCCAGUCGUCACCCGCCCUCCCGGUGGCCAUGGAGUUACAGCCAGCUCAAUCGUUUCCAUCACUAGGACGAAUUCCUUCUUGUAUGCCAAGCCAGCUGCAAAGCCUACAACAGACGCAGCAGGGAACAUCGUCGGAACGCCCAGCGAUUAUCCACCCUCUGUCGAUCCAAUCUCAGGUCUUCCGAGUGAAGACUCUGGAGCAAACGACCCCGUCACGCCUCACAAAAUCCAUGGAGAUGGACAUAUCAUGACACCCAUAACACAGGUCGAUCUGGCCACCCCAGUCCCUUCAAACAGCGAUGUCCCAGUAUUCGUCGAUCCCGUUCCUCCAGCUCCUCCGAACAAUCCACAACCUACAAGGGUUGCUACAAUCUAUGGAGACGGCCACCUCAUGAAUGGACCAAACAAGGCAGUAAAUCGGGUCAAGCGUCAAGACGACGAAACAGAACCUGAAUCAGACACCAGCAACCGAAAAGCGUGCGGAGCACACAUCUGCGGCGGGCCAGAAUGCCCCGCGGGAACCGCAGAAUGGGUCACCGUCGCCCCCGUCAACUGCCUCAAGAUCCCAAUCAGUACAGCCGCAGCCGCAGCCGCAGCCACAGGCACACCCCGCAAGGACUCCCUCGUCCAGACCCCUCCAAAAACAGACCACCCAACCAGCCCGCUCCUGGACUACCCCAAGAUGAGCAAGGAGCUAGACGACUACAUGGUGGGCGUACUGAUCAAGCUCAACACGCAGAGGAAGUGGUACAUCCACGCCAGCAACGAGGUCAGCGGGAAAUGGUACGGGUUCCAGGACUUCAAGACCGCGGCUGGUAUGGCCCGGCUGCAUGGGUGCACGGCUGUCUUUAUCGUUUCGAAGCAGGGCGUGUAUGUCUCGCAUAUCUAUGAAAUGCCCAUGUUUGUGCGCGAGCCGUCUCCUGGGCAGUUUGUGCCUGCGCCGGAUGAGUUCUUCCGUAAGAAUACGUUCGAGGCUCUGGUUCAUGGGGAGCAGUCGGAAUUCCUCCAGCCGAUGGAGGGGCUUGUAGGUACGAAGGAGCAGCCUGGUCCGUUGCAUUUCACCAACCAGCCCAAGAUAUUCAUUGUCACGCCGUCUGCGAAUCUUCAGGAUAGGAAUGGUCCGAUCAUGUACCCUGAGAAGGUGGCUAUGCUGUCGGACCUACUGCACGGGUAUCUAUAUCCAUCUGGAUCAGAGCAAUAUUUUCAAGAGCCCAUGACACUGCCGUAUAAAAUCCCAACGCAGGUAAUGUCUGAGGAUCCCCGGAAUACCGACGGGAAGGCGACGAUGGAAGCCAGCAAGAUCGUCCGCUAUGACCGUGUCGGCGACGAGCUUAUCCCUGUUGGCCGCUGGCGGCUAUGGGUUAAUAGAAUCGAGGCCGCGACUUGGGAGUUCUCGGGAAUAAUACAGAAACCCAUUGGCCUGCUGGCUACGAGAACUGAUGAGCAAUCAUAUGCGGGUGUAUGCCCUUUGUCGAUGCCCCCAAGUCCAACCACAGGCAGUCCAACUCCAUCCGGCGAGGAGAUUACCGAAUCAGACCUCCCUCUCCCCUUACCAUUCAACCAAAACCAGAUCCACAACCUCGGCUGCAUGGAGAAAAUGACAUUAACACCCCCGAUAUUCGACAAAGGCAAGGUCGAAAACCUCGUAAAGGGUUGGUCUGGCAUACCGGCCUUUGUGAGACCUCUUAUCAAUUCCACCAGCGGCGAGAACACAAUCCCAUGGGACACUGGCAGGCCUUCCCCCGAAAGUACCGACCCGUGGUAUCACGCCGAGAUCAAGUGGGCUGGGAACUGCUCAGGGCCGCCGCAGAAUGUCGGGUGGCCGAUGGAGCUCUAUAGCGCCGUCGAGAUCAUUCGGGAUAUCUUUCUCAAAAAGCAGGAUGGGUUUGAUCAGUGUGAGAACGCGAAUAACUUGAAUAUGAUCGGGCGGGCUAUGCAGUAUGGCUGUGUUGUAUACCGCGCUUGGUGUGAGGGGUGCGACCAUUAUUGAUGGUAUUAUGCAUGGUUUGCAAUUUGGAGUGGACAGCUGAGAUAGUUUAGUUUCAUGGAAUGAAUUCAAAUUU